GCUGGGAGCUUCCCUGCUCGUCUCGCUUUGGUUCGGUCGGUAGCGGUGUGCCGAGGGGAGGCUCCGUCCCCAAGGCAGCCUGCGGGGGAAGUGCGCUGGGUGGGGGCAGCCAGGAAAGGAGGAUCUCUCUCGGCGGCUUCUCCUAAAAUCCAUCAGCGAGCUGCGAGCAGGGAAGAGUUUGGCACCGGGCAGGCGAGGCUGGGCUGCCUCCGCAGCCGCGAUGCCGCUGUACUGAGCGCGGCUCUGCAACUCGGGGGGACGGAGCUCACCCCCCCACUUCCACCACCGCCCCCCCUCGCAGACCCAGUCCAGCGCCAGCAGCACUAGUGGCUCGUCCUUGCAGCUCUGCUGUAUGAGGACCGGACCGAGGGCUGGGCGACUCGGCGCCUGCUAGGGCUGCUCUCCGCCGCGCCCCCCGCUCCAGCCGGACUUGCCCCGGCAGCGCCGAGGAGCAGCCCGCAGCCCGCAGAGUUGUGUCGGCAGGCUCCGUGCGAUGGCGAGGCUGCGGAGGAGCAAACUAGCCGCUGGAUUUCUAUUACUUUUCCAGUGCCUGAGCGAGCGCUGCCAGCUCGCCGGCGGAGCGACGGCGCCGAGGCAGAGCCACGGUGUGCUUUAUGAAGUUGUUCAGAGCUUCCCUGGGGUGGUGGACAAUGUGGAAGUGGAUACACAUGUGAGCAGCCACAGGUGGAGAAGGCACUCGGAGGCUCUCAAAUCCCUCAACACCAACAGAGCCAGCUUGGGGCAGGACUCUGCCGAGCCAGGGGGUUUCUCGGAUGUGCUGCUGGAAGAGGGGCACGACAACACCACCCAGAUUGAGGAGGACACAGAUCAUAACUACUACACUUCAAGGACGUAUGGCCCCUACGAUUCGACCAGCAGGGAUCUGUGGGUCAAUAUAGACCAGAUGGAGAAAGACAAAGUCAAGAUCCACGGGAUCCUUUCCAACACCCACCGACAAGCUGCAAGAGUCAACCUGUCCUUCGAUUUCCCAUUUUAUGGCCAUUUUCUCCGUGAAAUUACUGUGGCAACUGGGGGUUUCAUCUACACUGGAGAAGUUGUGCACCGAAUGCUGACAGCUACCCAAUAUAUAGCACCUUUGAUGGCAAAUUUUGACCCCAGUGUCUCAAGAAAUUCCACAGUCAGAUACUUUGAUAAUGGCACAGCACUAGUUGUCCAGUGGGACCAUGUACACCUGCAGGAUAAUUACAACCUGGGCAGUUUCACUUUUCAGGCCACCCUGCUCAAUGAUGGGCGAAUCAUUUUCGGCUACAAAGAAAUCCCUGUUGCUGUGACCCAGAUAAGUUCCACCAACCACCCUGUCAAAGUGGGACUCUCCGAUGCGUUCGUGGUCGUGCACAGGAUCCAGCAGAUUCCCAAUGUUCGUCGCCGGACGAUUUACGAGUACCACCGUGUGGAGCUGCAGAUGUCCAAGAUCACCAAUCUCUCAGCUGUUGAGAUGAUUCCUCUUCCAACUUGUCUCCAGUUUACCACCUGUGGGCCCUGUGUCACUGCCCAGAUUGGCUUCAACUGUAGCUGGUGCAGUAAACUCCAAAGAUGCUCCAGUGGUUUCGACCGGCACCGGCAAGAUUGGGUAGACAGCGGCUGCCCUGAAGAGUCCAAGUACAAGAUUUGUGAGAAUGCAGACACAACUGAAACACCUCCACACUCCACCACCACCUUUCUGCCAACCACCACAAGGUUCAGAGUAUUAACCACCACCAGAGGAUCCAGCACUUCCCACCUGCCAACCAGCCUGCCCACAGAAGAUGACACCAAGAUAGCUCUGCACCUCAAAGAUAAUGGAGCUUCCACGGACGACAGCGCGGCAGAGGAGAAAGGCGGAACGCUUCAUGCGGGCUUGAUUGUUGGCAUCCUAGUGCUGGUCCUCAUCGUGGCUGCAGCCAUCCUCCUGACCAUCUACAUGUACCAUCACCCAACCUCAGCAGCCAGCCUCUUCUUUAUAGAGCGACGUCCGAGCAGGUGGCCAGCAAUGAAAUUCCGGAGGGGAUCUGGACAUCCUGCCUAUGCUGAAGUGGAGCCAGUUGGAGAAAAGGAAGGCUUCAUCGUGUCAGAGCAGUGCUGAGAUCUCUAGGACAAACCACCAGUAGUGGCCUACAGGUGUAAGACAUUCACUUUGCCUCUCUUGAAAGAAAAGGAGUCCUCAGCUGCUGUAGCCUGAUAGGAAGAAGAUUUUGGAUCAGCUUUGUCCAAGAAGAAAAACUAUCUAAGAUACCAGAUCAGCACUGCACAGUAGUCUUUGUUAGUGGACUGGCAGGGUGGCUCCUGCAGAACUCUUGUCAGUGGACACCUAGGGAAUCAGAGGGAUGGCACAAGUGCCAUGGUGUUGGCUUUAGGUAUGGGGAUGCCCAGUAAUCAAAACCAUAAUAAAGCUUUGGUGCACCAGGGUGUUACCCUUUGCUUCUAGUGUUCUUCUCUGGUAUCUCAAA